AUGGAUAUCGAAGAACGCUUGGAACAAGCAGAAAAAUCGGAAACCCCAUCUUUAGUCGGUUCAUCAAUUAGAUCUGCCGACGAUUCGUCACAUAAUAAUUAUAUUCAUCCUGAAAAAUACAACUCCACAAAGGAGAAUAGUACCAACAAUAAAUUGAACAAUUAUUCUAGUUUAAGUAGUGCAAUUACUGCUUCUUUGGAUGAUUUGAUCAAUGAAGGUGCUUUAUUGGGAUCAGAAGAAGAUUUUGACAAGUUUUUAGAGCAAGACGGUAGUGUUAAAAUUGAUGCUAUUAUGGAAGAAGACGCCACUCAUGUCGAAAAGCAUCCAAAGAAGGAUCAAGAAAACGAAUCAAACGAAAAAGAAGAAGAAGAAGAAGAAGAAGAAGAAGAACCAAAAGUGGAAAAAGCAAGCAAAACUGUCGAUGACGAACCAAUUGAAGCUGAGACUGAAGCUUCUGAAGUGUCUCUGGGCAAAUCUACUCCCCCAGAAACUGCAUCAAACUCAGCUCCAGUUUCAUCAUCUGGUACCACCGGAUCUUCAUCAUUUUACCAACAAGAAGACUACUCGACUCCAAAUUUAUCAGAAUAUCAAUUGGAACACGAUAUCAAAGAUCACGGUGAUUUAUUGGAUCACGUUCAAUCUUAUGAUUUAGAAAAAUUGCCGACUUCUGCGUCUGGUGGAAAUUCAAGAUUUAGAAAGGAUAUUGAGCUGCCAAUUUCGCAAUCUCAACAGACUUUACUUUCUCCUGCUCAACAGCAACGAUUAGAAGACGGUGGUCAAUUAUCGUAUUUGCACACCGAAAGAGCUCGAUCAAGAUCAAGAUCAGCUAAUCCAAGUACUAGAAUUAGAGAAAAGUCCUCAUCUUCUGUUCGUCAUACCACCAACUUGUCAAAGCCUCACUUGGCUCGUGGUGAUUCUUAUAAGAGUACUCAUGCUGAAGAACCUUCCAAGUAUGAAUUGCCAGGUGAUUUGACUCCAGAAGUUGAAGCUCCCGCUCAACCUCCUGCACUGGAUGAAAGACGUAGUAGACAAUCUAAGCCAACAAUGGGUGAUUCUAUUGCUGCUGCUGAAGCAUUGGCCAAGUCUGAUAAUCCUGCUUUCCAAGCUGAACAACCAUUACCAAGAGAUCCGUCUUUAUUGACAAGUGGUGAUUAUACUAAUUUUGAGGUUGAUACCCCAAGGAAAGAAGAUCACAUGAGUGAUUCAUAUUUCAGUAAACGUUCAGAAUCAGCUACCAAUUAUCUUCGUUCUAUUUCUCGUUCACGUUCCAGAGCAAGAAAUCCUGUUCAAGAUGAAAAGAAUGAUUCCAAUAAUAAUGCAUUACAAAGAGAAGGUGCUUUAGUCAGUGAUGACCCUUAUGAUACAAUUGACAAGUUGGAUGCCAUGAUGGAAGAAGUUUUGGGUCUGAAGGACACUGUAAAGACCAGUGAUUCUGGGAAGAAGCAAAAAGAAAAAUCAACCACACAUGAGGAACUCAUUGAAGAAGAUAUUUGA